AUGGCAGUUGAGAAAAUCUCGGCCUUGCAGUUGAAGAAGGGGGUCAAAAGGAAUGAACCUACGUUCCUGGCAACCCUCUGCAUUGAAGAUAUAGAACGCUCCUCGGGUCCCAUUCCUAAACCCGUGAAGGAGAUACUACUGGAGUUUGAAGAUGUCAUGCCACAAGACAUGCCAAAGCGACUCCCGCCUAGGUGCACUGUGGACCAUGAAAUUGAGUUGGUGCCGGGCGCGAAGCCACCUGCUCGGGUGCCUUACAGAAUGUCACAACCCGAACUCACCGAGCUUCGGAGACAAUUGACGGAAAUGCUAGAUACAUGGAUCAUUGUACCCUCCAAGUCCCCAUACGAGUCCCCUGUUCUAUUCCAAAAGAAACAUGAUGGCAGCCUGCGACUUUGUGUGGAUUAUCAAGCUCUAAACAAAAUCAUCGUGAAGAACAAGUACCCUAUUCCUCUAAUGGUAGACUUGUUCGAUAGACUGGGUGGUGCGACGGUUUUCACCAAGAUAGACCUCAAGACAGAACUCCUCAAGAAAGUCACACCCUGGGAUUGGGGACUGAGGCAAGUGGAGGCCUUUAAUGCAUUAAAAGCGGCUAUGUCUAGUAGACCUGAUUUGGCCAAGCCAUUCGAGGUACAAACGGAUGCAUCCACUAUGCCCUCGGCGGUGUCUUGCUACAAGAAAGGCAUCCUGUGGCAGGAACUUCUAGCUGAAUUCCACUUCAACCUGGAGUACCGAAGUGGGAAGACCAAUCAUGUUACUGAUGCGCUCAGUCGGAGAGCUGACCUAGCAUCGGUGUGCUUACUCACCACCCUAAGGGGGAGCAAGGUAGCCACCUCCAUCAAGGACCAGAUACAAGAUCUACUCAUCAAAGAUUCUGCUGCACAAUAUUUGGUUGAUUUGGUAGGAUAA